AUGGAAGUGAUUGUGCUGGGCUGUGGACCGUCGUCCUCGGUGCCUUCCAUGCGCUGCGUUCUGCGUCAGGAUUGUGCCGUGUGCCUCGAAGCCCACGCGAAUCCGCACUCGAAGAACCGUCGCUUGAACCCCAGUCUGCUCGUGCGCAACCUGGCAACGCACACCAACGUCCUCGUUGACUGUGGCAAGACCUUCCGUGAGGCUGCACUCAGGUUCUUCCCUCCACUCGGUGUCACGACUGUUCACGCACUAGUGCUAACACACGACCACGCGGAUGCAUUGCUCGGAAUGGACGACCUCCGAGAGGUUCAAGCGCAUAACGAGACGGUCGACCCUGUGACCAAGGAGCGAUACAAGAUCUCGCCCGAGGCUAUGAAGGUGCACUGCAGUGAGCGCACGAGCUGCGAUGUGAUUGCAAAGUUCCCAUACUUGAUUGACCACGAGCCCUCAUCGCAGCUCUUGGUUGACGACGAGGGCGUGCCGAAACCCUUUCGAUGGACGGCCAAGCUCGAAGUUGACAUCUUUCAUCCAUGGAAACCAUUCGAGGCGAGUGGCAUACGGUUCCUGCCGUUCCCGGUGAUUCAUGGAGCUGGCUACACAUCGUUCGGAUUCGAGUUUGGAUCGGAGCUCGGGGCUCGGUUUGUCUACAUUUCAGACGUGAGCGAGAUACCCGAGGAGACGAAAGCUUUCCUCAAUGAUGCCACGAAGCCUCGGAUCGACAUUUUGCUGAUCGACGCACUCAAUCUGGAGACAUACCACAGCACCCACAUGACCUUGCAGAACGUGGUGGAAGAAAUCGCUACGAUAAAACCAAAGCGUACGUUGCUUACAGGCAUGGGCCAUGACUUUGACUAUCCGAAGCAUAGUGUCGAGUUGCUCGAAAUGGGUGAGGCAAAAGGCUUGAACAUCGAAAUGACCUACGACGGAUUGCAUGUCACCCUUCCCUGA